CACCAAAACACCCUGAUGCCUGCUGGUUGUAGUUGCUCAGAGCCAGCUGUCCCUGUAUUUAGGAGGAAUAACGUAUCUUGGAUUUAGCAAUACCAGCUGCAAGCCUAUUGUUAUUUGUUAUUUUACUCGCAUAUGGCACUUUUCUUUGAGACUGUGAUUGGUUGAGAAGUUCGUUCGGGAAGCACGAGCUAGUCUCCUGCUAGCAGCAUAGAAGUUUGUUCGCUAACGUUAGCAGUAGCUAACGUUAGCAGUAGCUAACUUACUAGCUAGCGCCUUGUUUGCGUGCUAACUAGCUAAAUAAAUGGGAUACCUAGUUAGUUUUACAACUGCAUGCAUUCAACUGAAAUGUGUCUUCUGAAUUUAACCCAACCCCUCUGAAUCAAAGAGGUGUGGAGGGCUGCCUUAAUCGACAUCUACGUCUUCGGCGCCCGGGAAACAGUGGGUUAACUGCCUUGCUCAGGGGCAGAACGACAGCUUUUUACCUUGUCAGCUCGGGGAUUUGAUCCAGCAUUUUACCCGACUUUGGACUGAAACGAUUGUAUGAUUUUGCAGAACAAACCACUGUCUUUGUCCAGUGCUACGUAGCCAGCUGAUAAGUUUAAUAGCUACCUAGCCUACGUUAGUGAUUCUGCUCCGGAUGCAAGUGGAAUAACCAGUAAUGCAACUGAUCAGCUGGCUCGACCAACAAAGUAGCUAAAUAACUAAGGACACUUUGCUAAAAUGCAGUGGUGGUGAACAAAGCAAUGGAAGCUUGUUUCAAGUCGUUCACCAUGGGUGGUCUUCGGAGAUCUCUGGACAUUAAAUUCAGGGUCCUCGCCGGCUGUUUGACCUGCAGAACAGUGAGUUGUUCCAAAUCACCUAUAAAAUGCCAACUCUCCAAGCAUCAGCCGGUGACGAGGGGGAAAGCAACACUGUUGGGAUCAUGUCCGUCUGCAUAUUUCAUUCGCCAUAGAGGAACUGAGGCAUCCCUCUCCAGUGUGGCUCCUGCUUUUGUUGUGAUGAAAUUUGACAACGAUGGAAAUGUAACCUCAUUUGAGAAGAAGAAGAUGGAGCUGUAUCAUGAGCUGAGUCUGCAGGCCAGAGACCUCAGGUUCCAACACCUCACCAGCAUCACCGCUAGGAACAACAACAUCAUCAUUCGCAUGGAGGCCUUGAAGGCAGUAGUGACCCCCAAUAGCUUGCUGGUGUUGGAUUUCCGAGGUCUGGGAUUAGAGAGAUGGCUGGUCCUGGAGUUGGCUCCACAGUUGAAUGGGGAUCAUGGAGCUCUGGCCACUCAUUCACUGCCAUUUGAGUUCAGAGCCCUUGAAGCUAUUCUGCAGCACAGGGUAAACACCCUUCAGGCUCGACUGAAUGAGGUUCACCCUGUCAUCCUGGACAUUCUAGAGUCUCUUGUGGAUCCUAAACUACUCUCUGCAGAUCGCAGCAAACUGCAUAUACUUCUUCAGAACAGCAAGAACCUGUCAGAGCUGGAGACAGACAUCAAGGUCUUCAAGGACAGUCUGCUGAAGAUCCUAGACGAAGAGGAGAUGAUCGAGGAGCUUUGUGUCACCAAGUGGACGGAUCCACGUGUGUUUGAGGAGAGCAGUCUGGGCAUUGAUCAUGCUGAGGAGAUGGAGCUUCUCCUGGAGAACUACUUCAUGCAGGCUGAGGAGCUGGGCAACACGACCAGGGAGCUCAAGGGCCUGAUAGACGACUCCGAGAGUGUUAUCUUCAUCAACCUGGACAGUCACCGGAACGUGAUGAUGCGUCUGAACCUGCAGCUCACCAUGGGGACCUUCUCACUCUCCCUAUUUGGCCUGAUGGGCGUCGCCUUCGGGAUGAACUUGGAAUCCACGUUUGAGGAGGACCCCAAGGUGUUCUGGCUGGUGACAGGCUUCAUGUUCCUGGGUAGUGGACUAAUCUGGAGGAGACUGCUCUCGUUCCUGGGUCGACACCUUGAGCCUACCGUCCCCCACAGGAGUGAGGCCCUCCCCAGUAUAUUGAUCUCGGCCCAGUCGGAUUACCUGUACCUGGAUGACCAAUCAGGAGACUCCGUAGACGACACACGGUUACAACUCUGGCUCCGGGUCCGGUGA